UCAGAAGUAACUGGUAAAGUUGUAACUGUCAACAAACUUCAACAGGUUGUCUCCAUGUUCAAACACGCUCCGGCUAGCUUACCUGAACCGCCUUUUCUACUCGACAGGUAAGUCGUGUACGUGAGUCAGAGGACUUAGAAGAUGUUUAAUGUCUCUGGUUCAGUCACUGCAGAGGACAGACCGUGAUAUUUACAGUCUAUGGGGACGGACAUGGAGACUUGCGUUAUGACGGCGCUGGACAGACCCGCGGCGGAGCUCACUGUCCCGGAUGUGUACGACAUAGCGGCGGCGCUCGGGCAGGAGUUCGAGCGGAUCAUAGACAAGUUCGGGUGCGAGUCUCUGGUCGGUGUGGUGCCCAAAGUGGUGCGGGUCCUGGAGCUGCUGGAGGCCCUGGUGAGCCACGGGGCCGCAGGGCAGGAGGCCGAGGAGCUGCGCAGGGAGCUGGAGAGGCUGCGGCAGGAGAGGAGCGACAGAUUCAGUCAGGAGAGGAAGCACCAGCAGGAGUUGGAGCUGGUGGAGGAUGUGUGGAGAGGAGAAGUCCAGGACCUGCUCUCUCAAAUCACUCAGCUUCAGGCGGAGAACAAGAAGCUGUUGGUGAGCCUCUCUCUCAAAGAGUCUCCCGUCACAGAGGAAGACCCGCAGAGACACGAGGGAAUGUCAGAGAAGGAGAGGCAGAUGAUGAAAAAGCUGAAAGACUCGGUGGAUAAGCAGAGGGAUGAAAUCCGGGCCAAAGACCACGAGCUGACACUAAAAAACGAGGACGUUGAGGCGCUCCAGAUGCAGCAGCAUCGUCUGAUAAGAAUCAACCAGGACCUGCGUCACAGGAAAGGAGUGAUGGAGGCUCAGGGGAAGGCUUUGAUUCAGCAGCGGGCGGAGCUGGAGGCUGCAGCCCAGGUCAGGCAGCAGGAGCUGGGCGCUCUGCAGGUGGAGGUCAAGAGGUUGAGGAAGGAGCUCCGGGGUUGGGAGCUGGAGAGAGAGGUCACUGAUAUAGAAGAAACGUCAUUCGGCAGAUCUAUGGUGUCUACAUCUACAUCUCCACAAAGGACGUCUUCAGCAGCAGUACCAGUAAACUCCAUCAAACCGAACUCAGUGUGGGAAGAGUGUGGAGGAGACCCUGACUUCAUGGCGAACUCCUUCGAGCAUGAAAGGAGUUCCUCUCCUCUCACAGAGUCAUCACAAGAAGAAAAAAACAACAAAGAAAGAAACAAAGAGGAGGACAAGACAGCAGCAAUGUUACUGGAGGCGUCGACUGAUCCAGAGCCAGAGGAGGAGACGGACAGCUCCGAGGAGGAUUCCGACAAACCUCGCUUCACCCUGCAGGAGCUGCGUGACGUCCUGCAGGAGAGGAAUGAACUCAAGGCUGAAGUGUUCGUGCUGCAGGAAGAGCUAGCUUACUAUAAAAGCGAGGAGAUCGAGGAUGAUGUCAGCUCCUGGGUUUGUCCUCCGUCUCCUCCACCUUUCUCCGGGUCCACUGAUCAGCCCGAAUCAGGAAUUAAACGCCUGAUCUUCACUGCCAUAAUGCCCAUGGUGGCAGCCGGUUUGAUUGUAGACGACCCCACGUUGAUACCAAUCAGAAGACUCGUUUCCUUUGUAUGAAUCUGUUUAUAUAAUGUGAACUUGUUCUUGUACUAUUGCUCUUUCUUUCUUUUGAACAAAACCCGGUCAACAGAGAUUUGUUUCUUGGUUUAAUGACAACAUCUCUUGGUCAUUAUAAACAACAUUUGAAUGUUGUUGCUAUAUUUAAAUCUCUUAUGAACCACUUCAGUAUUUGCUGGUGUCAGCUUUAACAGUGCAUUUUGAAAAGCCAAAUUUUGUCACUGUGCUACAUAGUGUACUGUGUCUGCUUGGCAGUUUUGCAUGUACUUGGAGUCUUUUCUGAAGAAGGAAUUGUUGCUUCACAUUUAACUUUCAAAAGAAGCAACAAAAUAAUUUCCUUCUUUAUAAACUGACGCCAACGACAAACAGAAGGGGCAUGAAGGGGGGAUCUUAAACAUCAUGAGUUAGUAUAAGCUAAACUGCAACACAGCAACUUUUGUUUUUUAAUGUGUAUUGUUUAUUUGAAUUUCUUUGUGUUUUAAAUACUGGUAAAAACCUAUCGCUGCAACACUGAACACUAAAGAGCCUCUAAAGUCCUAAAAGAGUAUUUUUUAUUAUCUACGCAUAAGAUAAUAUACUUUUAAUUUAUGCAUCAUUACCUAAUUGUGAUGCAUAAAGCCAAUUUAUUUAUAAAUCAAGGUAAUUAAACGUUUGCUGCUCCUGCACACUGACAUCAGAGAUGACCUUAUUCCUCUGGUAAUGAUCUUAUUUUCACAAGAUAAUUAACUUGGGAACAAAAAGUAAAAAAAAAAAAUCAUAAGAGCUUUACAUUCUCAGCAGAAUGUACUAACUGCUCAUAAUGCUGGGAUACACCUGUACAAUAAUGCUUGUUCAAAAUGAAAUAAUAAAGUUUAUUUUUUAA